CGUCAAUCCACGACCUUGGCAACCUCGCUCAUUCAGUCGUUCUCCUCCUCCAAGCACGCCACUGCAGCACUGCACAAUCCCCACAUCCUCUCAGCCUCUCCUCCUCACCUAGUUUGAUUUUGAUAGCUUGUUGGGCGACAAAGGGAAGCAGAAGAACCAUGGCCAACGGCAACGACGAGCACCGCCUAACAGACGGUGUGUCUGUGGCCGCGAUCAAGGCCUUCCUCGCAGACCUGAAGAAGAAGUUCCCCAGCAAGUACACUGAGAUGACCACGGCGGAUGCUUGCAAGCAACUGGUUGUGCCACGCACACAGCAGGACAACUGCGCGUACGUCGACCUGUUGCGCAAACAAUCGCCUAAAAGGGUGGGCAAGGCCACUGUGUUUGUGUCGCACGCGUGGCGAUACAAGAUCGCGGACGUGCUCAACGUGCUGCUAGAGUUUGCGAAGGAGCAAGCACGGAAGGAAGACAGCAAGCCCGUGUUCUUCUGGUUUGACCUCUUCAUGAACAACCAAAACGCCAACGUCACGGCCAACCUCCCACAAGAGUGGUGGAGCACGACGUUCAAGGAGUCGAUUGCCAACAUUGGGCGCGUGCUGCUGGUGUUGAUGCCGUGGCGUGACCCCGUCCCACUGACCCGUGCGUGGUGCCUGUGGGAGAUCUUCUGCGGCAUCAGCAACGAGGGCACAGAGGUCAACAUCCGCCUGCCCAAGAGCGAAGAGAAGGCGCUGGAAGACGCCAUCCAAGACGAGUACGAGGCCGUGACGGAUACGCUGGUGCGAGUGCAGGCGCAGCGUGCUGAGGCCUUCAACCCACGCGACAAGGACAUGAUCUUUGAGGCCAUCCAGAACGGCGUGGGCUUUGGUGCACUCAACCAGGCCGUGAAGGACCAGCUGCGCGCGUGGUGCCUGGAGAAGGCGGUGGCUGCGGUGGAGGCGAUGCGGGCCAGGCGCGAGCACAAGACGGAGGCGUUUGCGCAGCUGUGCGGCCAGGUUGGCGUUGUGCUGAACACGUUUGGCGAGCAUGACCAGGCCAUCGCGUACUACGAGACAGCCCUGUUGAUCUAUCGACGGACUGAGGGGAAGAAAGGCGAGAACGUGGCGACGCUGCACAACAACCUGGGCAUCGCGUGCCGACGCAAGGGCGCGUACGACAAGGCCAUCCAACACUACAAGAAGGCGCUCGCCAUCCGGGUGGAGGUGCUGGGCGAGAAGCACCCGACCACAGCGGAAACCCACAACAACCUCGGCGAAUUACACCGCCACAAGGGCGACUACGACAGCGCGAUUGAAUGCUACUCGAGGGCGAAUGAAGUGUUUGUGGAGACGCUUGGCGACAAGGAUUCGAACACAGGGAUGACAUACGGCAACCUGGGCAUUGCGUACCUCAGCAAAGGCGAGUAUGACAAGGCCAUUGAGUUCAUCGAGAAGGCGCUUGCCAUCAUGGUGGAGAUACUUGGCGACAAGCACCCGAACACGGCCAUGACGCUGGGCAACCUCGGCAUUGCCUACCUCGAGAAGGGCGACCACGACAAAGCCACAGACCAGUUUGAGAAGGCCCUGGCCAUCUACCUGGAGGCGUUUGGCGACAAGCACCCGGCCACGGCGGACACCUACACCAACCUCGGCAACGUGUACGUCGAGCAGCGCGAUUUCGACAGGGCCGUUGAGUACCUUGAGAAGGCCCUUGCCAUCAGGGUGGAGGCGUUUGGCGAGAACCACCCGAGCACAGCGAUGGCGCUUGAGAACAUUGGCCUGCUGCACGGCGACCGCGGCGACAAGGAGCAGGCUAGCGCCUACGUGGAGCGGGCGCUUGGUGUGUUUGAAGCCACGCUGGGGCCAGACCAUCCCAACACGCGCAAGGCGAUACUCAGCCUGCGGCACGUUCGCGGUAAAGAUGAUCAUGACGAGGAGAAGGAGAAGAAGAAGAAGGAGGAGGAGGAGGAGGAGGAGGAGAAGGAGGUGGGGGAGGAGGAGCUGGAGGAGAAGGUGGGCGAGAAGAAGGAGGAAGAUGGGAAGGAAGAGGAGGAGGAGAAGAAGGAGGAGAAGGAGGAGGAAGAUGGGGAGGAAGAGGAGGAGGAGAAGAAGGAGGAAGAUGGGGAGGAAGAGGAGGAGGAGGAGGAGAAGAAGAAGGAGGAAGAUGGGGAGGAAGAGGAGGAGGAGAAGAAGGAGGAAGAUGGGAAGGAAGAGGAGGAUGGCGACAGUAACAAGCAGGAGGAGCAGGAGCUGAACCAGGUACAAGAAGGGAGCGGCGAUGGCAAGGCGCAAGCUUUUGCCGGCCAGCAAGAUGAAACAAGCCAAGAUGGGUCGCCACAGCAGCCGCUUACCGGAUGGCUGCGGAAACGUGGGCGACGGAGGGGCACCUUUCGCCCGUGCUGGUGCAAGCUUGACGAUGGACACUUGGCGUACGGCAAUGCUGCAUCAGGCACGGCCAAGCGACACAUUCCCCUGUCAAGUGUGCUGUCAGCUGAGGUUGCCCAUGGUGGCGAAGAGCUGCGCGUCGCCGUUCCCGGGCGAACCUUCGUCUUCCGCCCAGACGACCGCUCUGACGCCUCGCUCGCUGACUGGUGCACCGCCAUCAACAGCCGCAUGAGUGAGGGCGCGAGGAAGGGUGUUGUUGUGAGCGUGGGUUGCUGCGUCAAGUAG